GGAGCUACCCUCUCAGACCCGGGACUCCCCUCAGGCCCCAGCCUGCCCCUCAGCCUGGGCCCACCACCUCAGGGCCGCUCUCGAGGGACGCAGCCCCCAGUCGUGCCCUCGGGAUGGGCUGCCCGGAAGGUCCGGCCACGCCCGGUCCACCUGUCGAGGGUUCCGGUCGCCCUUUCAGGCGCAGGCCGCGCCCUCCGGCCUGGCGCUUCCCUCCAGCGGGGCUCCAGGCCGCCCCGGGGCUCCAGGCCGCCCCUCAGCCCCAGCCGGACCCUCGGGUCCUCAUCCACCCUCGCAGGCCCAGGCCGUGGCUACCCCGAAGUCAACUGUGGAGGAUCCUUCCUGGCUUCCUUCAGCUCCAUCCUGCUCUUGGAUCUAGCACCAAAAAGGAGACUAGCUACCCAGCCCAGUCCAGUCCAGUCAUGCAGGUGCAGGAUGAUGGAGGCAACCUCAUCCCCUUUGCCAAGUGUUCCAGUGUGGUCAGCCGAUCUCCACCCCCAAGGUUGCCUUCCCAGAGCCUCAGACCCAUGCCCCAGCGUUAUGGAGAUGUCUUCUGGAAGAACCUUAGUCAAAGGCCCAGCCCCACUUGGCUGGAGGAGCAGCACAUUCCACCCAUGCUGAGAGCCACUGGUUGCUCCCAGCUUGGUCCGUAUCCUCCUGAGCAGCUCCCACCCCCUGAAAUGCUUUGGAGAAGAAAGAAGAGGAGGCCAUGUUUGGAAGGAAUGCAGCAGCAGGGGCUUGGGGGAGUCCCCGCCCGGGUGAGGGCUGUCACUUACCACCUGGAGGACCUAAGAAGGCGUCAGAGCAUCAUCAACAAACUGAAGAAGGCCCAGUGGGGCAGCUCUGGAGCUGCAUCUGAGCCAGUGGUGCUUGGCGAAGAGGGCUGUGGAUUCCCCAGCACCAAUGAAUACCCUGAUCUGGAAGAGAAGAGGGCAACCUAUCCACAGGAAGAGAACCGUUUUCUCACUCCUGGCAGGGCCCAGCUGCUUUGGUCUCCCUGGAGUCCCCUGGGUCAGGAGGAGGCUUGUGCCUCCAGGCAGCUGCACUCUCUGGCCUCCUUCAGCACUGUCACAGCCAGAAGGAACCCCCUUCACAAUCCCUGGGGGAUGGAGUUGGCAGCGUCUGAAGAGUAAGGAGAAACCACCGAUGCCGAGAUGCUAGUGGUGCCCCAGGGACCCAAGACUAGUUCCGUCACUAGAGUCACCCCCAUUGCUGACAUGAAGGCGUUUCCCCUUCCUUAGUCUCUCUAACUGCCUUUCCCAUCCUCUGAACUAGGCAUUAACAGCCCUCCUGGGCUCCCACCUCAACCCACCGCUCUCCCAGGAGCACGCCAAGUCCUGUUUUCCUCCAGGCCCCGCUCCUGGCCUUGUGUUCUCUCUGCUCUGUUAUUAAAAAGCAAGCAAGUACA